CCACGGCGGGGCUGCUGCGCCUGCGCAAGUCAUUGGCGCCAAGAUGGCGAUGGAGAUGCGGCUUCCUGUGGCUCGUAAGCCUCUUAGCGAGAGCCUGGGCCGCGACACCAAGAAACACCUGGUGGUGCCGGGCGACACAAUUACCACGGACACGGGCUUCAUGCGGGGCCAUGGAACUUACAUGGGGGAAGAGAAACUCAUUGCAUCUGUGGCUGGUUCUGUGGAGAGAGUCAACAAGCUGAUUUGCGUGAAAGCUUUGAAAACCAGAUACAACGGUGAAGUCGGAGACAUCGUGGUGGGGAGGAUCACAGAGGUUCAGCAGAAGAGGUGGAAAGUGGAGACCAACUCCAGGCUGGAUUCAGUCUUGCUUCUGUCAUCCAUGAACCUUCCGGGAGGAGAGCUGAGGAGAAGGUCCGCGGAGGACGAGCUGGCCAUGCGAGGCUUCUUGCAGGAGGGCGACCUGAUCAGUGCUGAGGUCCAGGCCGUGUUCUCGGACGGCGCCGUCUCUCUGCACACGAGGAGCCUCAAAUACGGAAAACUCGGUCAGGGCGUCCUGGUCCAGGUCUCGCCCUCCCUGGUGAAACGGCAGAAGACUCACUUCCACGACUUGCCCUGCGGUGCCUCGGUGAUCCUGGGGAACAACGGCUUCGUCUGGAUCUACCCGACACCCGAACACAGAGAAGAGGACGUGGGCGGCUUCGUGACCAACCUGGAGCCGGUCUCCCUUGCUGAUCGAGAGGUCAUCUCCCGGCUUCGGAACUGUGUCGUCUCGCUGGUCACUCAGAGAAUGAUGCUGUAUGAUACGAGCAUCCUGUACUGCUAUGAGGCAUCCCUCCCACACCAGAUUAAAGACAUCUUAAAGCCAGAAAUAAUGGAGGAAAUUGUGAUGGAAACUCGCCAGAGACUUUUAGAGCAGGAAGGGUGAGGAGGCGUGACUGGGGACGGCCUGUGCACCUGACUGGAGCAGUUCUGGGAAGUGAAGGGCCUGAUUUCGGUCCCCGUGUGUGGCCCAGCAAAGACUGGGACAGGGACACUCACAUCGGGCUGCCCCCAGCCCACAGGCCUGCCUGCUUCGUUCUGCUUGAGAGCACAGCCCGGGAGGUGCCCUGCGCCCCGGCCCCUCGGGCUGCCUGCGGAUCCCCAGCACCGGGGGUGGUUUGGGGUCUUUGGAAGUUUGCAGUGCUCCAGCCAAGUGGACUCCUGUCCUGGAGUAAGACGGAGAGCCCUUCGUCUCCUGCUCACUGUCGUCCACGACGCGCAGUGCCCGUGAAACUGCCCCUGUAAAAACACGGCCUCCCCGGCCCCAGGUUGUCUGUCCCGGCCUCCGCCCCCACCUGCCCCGCAGCACGGAUGCAGCGCUGGAGACCGUGGCUGCUGAAGUGAACCUGACGGUGGGUCAGAGGGAGAAAGUGAACCAGCAGCCUCUUGCUCGGCUGGAAUCUCACUUCCCGCCGCACGUUCCUUCUGGUGAUGGAUUCGCGUGUGUCCCCGCGGGGCUGCUUUGGUCCUCCUGCCCUUGGGGGGGUUUGUAAGACGUUGACUCAUUGGAAAUAGAAGGAGGUUUUUGGGAGCCUGGAUAAAGAUGAAAUCAAGGCAGGGGAAGUGGACGUGGGGAAAAGCUGGUUCUCGCCUACAAUGGAAGUCUUAAUGUGUUAGCUAUUGAGUGACUAAGGGUUCAAAGACAAAACCAGGUGCCGAAGUUCUCACUGCGGAACGGCAGAGUUCCUGUGCGUUGGUGCGAUGUCUAAAAUACGGUGCUCUGGUUUGGGUUUUGGGAAACCUUUGUUAAAGGCACUUCCCUGUUCCUGUGUUCUUUGUGACAGCUGGGAGCUGCCUGCAGGGGCAGGAGAGCGUGGCAGCUGUGAAUUCAGCCAGAGGCCCUGGCUCUGUGCUCGGGUCACCUAGCAAAGUUAAAUCUAGGGGUGCUUUCCGCGGUGGUGGCGUGGAACACUGCAUUUGAGGAUUUCGAAAUACAGCUUGGCUCUUUUUCAUUAAAGGGUGUGUUUCUUGUUCAUAACUCAAUGGAUAGUUUUUUUU